UUCUCCGUCCCGGAUCCUCCUUAAUCCUCAAGAAAAAGGUGGGCGCACAAGAAGGUGAUUCUAGGAAAAGCCAAAAUGCAGGAAGAAGCACCAGUGUUCCACCUGUGCUCGAGGUUUGAGGACACACAAACAGCACCCUGCCUCCAGCUUUUGGGUCCCAUGGAGCCAUGGCCUCCCAAAUCUCGCCUUGGAUCGCGGAGCUCUGUAGCACCGAAUCCAUGCGUGGACGCGGCCGACGCGUGCACCGCCGACGAGCGGUGCCAUCGGCUGCGCACCGCGUACGUGGCGCAGUGCUUGGGUCGCGCCGCGCCGGGGGGCUGCCCCCGCGCCCGCUGCCGCCGCGCCCUGCGCCACUUCUUCGCCCGCGGGCCGCCCGCGCUUACCCACGCACUGCUCUUCUGCCCUUGCGGCGGCCCCGCGUGCGCAGAGCGUCGGCGCCAGACCUUCGUGCCCUCCUGCGCUUUCUCAGGGCCUGGCCCAGCGCCACCUUCCUGCCUCAGGCCCUUAGACGCCUGCGAGCACAGCCGGAUCUGCAGGCCCCGCCUCCUGGCCUUCCAGGCCUCCUGCGCGACCACAGCCAGCAGCCCUGACGGCUGCCUCCGAGACCAGGCCCCCAGCUGCCUGCGCGCCUACGCAGGCCUCGUGGGUAUGCACCGCCCGGAGGGGAUCUCCCGGGGAUGCCUCCGCCUGGAUGGGCCGAUUACCCUGCUUUCGGGGUCUCGCCAGGCACAGCCAUCACGCCCAACUACGUGGACAACGCAAGCGCGCGCGUGGAGCCCUGGUGCGACUGCAGAGCCAGCGGAAAUCGGCGUGAGGAGUGCGAAGUCUUCCGGGGGCUCUUUACGAGGAACCGCUGCUUGGAGAGUGCCAUACAGACCUUUGACGGUGGGUGGCCCCCAAUCCUACGUAACCAACUGGACUCCCACCAGGACCCUGAGCAGAGUCUCCUGCAGGUCCACACUCUGCUCCCACCUGCCAAGGUGUCUACUGCUGAUGCACCCCUGGAGGGGAGCUCCCUGCUCUCCAUGCUUCUUGUUCUGGCUCUCCAGUCCCUGUUCUGACUUGGACAGCAGACCUUGGACAACUGUCCCACCCUGCCUGGGAUAUUGGGCCUCAUCAGUGGCCUGCUGCCCCACUGAAAAGGGACUGGCUUGUCUGUUAAGCUGGCCCACUGCUCUUGCUCUACUGCUCUUUGCAGAUCUGGACACUCUUUAUCAUGCUCUAAGGCAUACAUCUGAACAGACUUGUAGGCCAAACUUCCCUCUGGUACUGCAGCAUUUUAUGGCAUCCUCCUAGUUAGGCACCACCCAUCAUGAUAAACACCUGCACCCCAUAACUAACAUUGGCAGAUUGCUUCCUGUCCUUGAUGUCCUGCUUGUUGGACACCACGUUGAGUGAGAAUCCAGUUCCCUGCAUUGCACUGGCCAUAUAGCCAUCUUCCCUGUGGUUCAGCCUAGCACUAGGACUGACAUCCAUAACUCAAUAAAACCAUGUGCGCUGAGACUGGCCCUGCUGUCGUGUGAUCUAUGUUCUGGGAGCCGGGAGACCAAGGUCAGCUGCAGGGUGUGCCUCUGCUGGCCUUGGAUGGCCUCAGAACCUCUCCAGGCAUCAUCUUCUCAGGACCUGUGGAUGCUGAACUGAAUCAAAUAUCAGGUCUGGUGCCAGGGAUUUUGGUUACUUGUUUAUUCUUUCAUUCUCUGCUAGCCAUCAGAUAAAGAAACUACAUUUCCCUUGCAGUUAGGGGGUGGUCGGUGACACAGUUCGAGCCACUGAGUGAAAUUCACAGAUAAGGCUUCCAGGAGAGCUCUUUAAAAAGGAACAAACUUCCUGACUGGGGCCCUUCAGCCUCUGGCC